AGCUAGAAAAAUUUUCAUCCAUAUAUAUUAAUAUUCGUAGAAUAACUUAAAUUCAAUUCUUAUAUUCCUUCUUUUCAUUUUUUAUUAAUUAGACUAAUUCAAUUCUUAUAAUUUUAUAAUAUGAUUCACGCCAUUAAAAAUCUUGGUGUCAAGAAUAAUUAUAUAUCAGCUAGAUGGUUAGCAACUAGAGCUAAACCAUUUACUAAUAAGACUUCAUCAUUAGAUAGAGCCACAUUAACUAUUAAAGAUGGACCAGUUUUUAAUGGGUACUCCUUUGGUGCCAAUAAAAAUGUUAGUGGUGAAGCUGUAUUUACUACUUCAUUAGUUGGAUAUCCUGAAUCUAUGACUGAUCCAUCAUAUAAGGGACAAAUUUUAUGUUUUACACAACCAUUGAUUGGUAAUUAUGGUGUUCCAUCAUCUACUCAAAAGGAUCAAUAUAAUUUAUUAAAAUAUAUGGAAAGUGGUGAAGUUCAAUGUAUUGGAAUUGUUGUGGCUGAUGUUGCAUUAGAAUAUAGUCAUUGGACAGCUGUUGAAUCUUUACAACAAUGGUGUCAAAGAUCAGGUGUGGCUGCUAUUAGUGGUGUUGAUACUCGUCAAUUAGUUAGUUAUUUAAGAGAUAAAGGUUCUUCAUUAGGUAGAAUUACUAUUGGUGAAGAAUAUGAUGCUGAUGAAGAUGCUGCUUUUGAAGAUCCAGGUUCAAUAAAUUUAGUUCAUAAAGUUACAACUAAAGCUCCAUUCCAUAUUGCUUGCCCUCCAGAAAAUUCAAAAAAUAUUCAUAUUGCAGUUCUUGAUUGUGGAGCUAAAGAAAAUAUUUUAAGAUGUUUAGUUGAAAGAGGUGCUUCAUUAACUGUUUUCCCAUAUAAUUAUCCAAUUGAUAAAAUUGCUAAUAAAUUCGAUGGUAUUUUCAUUUCUAAUGGACCAGGUGAUCCAACUCAUUGUUCAGUAACAACUGAAAAUUUAAGAAAAACUAUGGAUAAAUAUCAUGAAUUACCAAUCUUUGGUAUUUGUUUAGGUCAUCAAUUAUUAGCAUUAGCAAGUGGUGCUAAAACUAUUAAAUUAAAGUAUGGUAAUAGAGCUCAUAAUAUCCCAGCUUUAGAUUUAAUUACUGGUAAAUGUCAUAUUACUUCUCAAAAUCACGGUUACGCAGUUGAUGUUAGUACUUUAGAUAGUAAUGAAUGGGAACCAUAUUUUACCAACUUAAAUGAUUUAAGUAAUGAAGGAAUGAUUCAUAAACAUAAGCCAAUAUUUUCAACUCAAUUUCAUCCUGAAGCAAAAGGUGGUCCAUUAGAUACUGGAUUUUUGUUUGACAAAUUCUUUGCAAAUAUUGAGACAUACAGAUCAAACAAUGGAUUGAAUUUAAGUAAUAUUGAUAAUAGUUUAUUAGUUGAUAUUUUACCAAAGGAAAGAGUCGUAUAGGGAUUUUUGAUAUAAGAAAAGUAAUAAAAUAAUUUAAUUUAAUUUAAUUAGCCAAUGUAAAACUACAGUCAUAUGUAUAAUACAUUCAUAU